AUGGCACAUGAAGCCGAGUAUCUGCUCCCGGAGCCAGAAAAGGAGAUAUCACGUCUGACUGAGCAAGACGCCGUUAUCACCCACAUCAUGGAAAACAAGCGUAUUCUAGCGCCAAUGGAUUUUACUCGGCCGGGCCUGACGAUCCUAGACUCUGGAACGGCUGAUGGUCUGUUCCUGCGCAGUAUCCAGCCAAACCUCUUGGAACCCUACACACUUCUAGGCACCGACGUCAUGAGAAACUUCUUCCCCUCGAUAGUUCCACCGCAUACCACCUUUGAGAUUCAUGAUAUCGCUGAGCCCUGGCCUGCUAAGUUACACGGCACGUGUGACCUUGUACACCAACGAUUCACAAUUCCAGGGGGCACCAAGAAAGCCACGGCACGUGAUAUCGUUGGCUACUUAUGUCAGCUAGUUAAGCCGGGCGGCUGGAUCCAGCUCGUCGAGAUGGACGUGACUGCGACAGUGCACGGCCCAGCCAUGCGCGAUGCGUGGACUGCCUGCGCGGCCUUUCUGACUGCUGCCGGGGCUGGGACUGAUUAUGCCAAGAGUAUGGCAGGCUGGCGCAAGGAAGAGGGUUUCGAGGACGUUAGGGAUGAUCGCAGGGACAUUGAUCUUGGGGCACGAUGUAAGGAUACCGAUUGGGGUGUGCGGGGUGCCAACAUGCUUGUGGAAUCCUUUAUAGCGGUUGUUGGUGCAUGCAAGAAGAUGAGGCUUGAUGUGCCGGAAUCAGUCUUGCGGGAUUUACCUGAACGAGUAAAAACAGAAAUGAUGGAGCAAGGGGGCACAUAUCCCCUCGUUUAUGCUUAUGGGCGGAAGCCGAUGAUCUGA